GCCAUCUAUUGCUCAUUGAAGAGCAACAACUGUGGUAUAUUUUGUGAUAAAAUUUUCAUUGUUUUUUAUUCACUUAUUUGCCGGCGAAUAACCGAUUUAGACAGGAAAUAGCCCGCGAACCAUUUUUGUGAACCAUUCCACUUCGUUUUUUGAACUCUUUUAGGUUACAAGCAAAUAUGGCUGACUCCAUAACAGUGUAUUAUACAAGCGUUUCAAGCGAUAUGCAGUUGAAGCAUAAGCAAACUUACAUCCUUAAUAUUUUGGAGAGCAAAAAGAUUGAUUUUACUGUAGUUGAUAUUGCGGUGGAACCGGAAGCGAAGGAAAAAAUGAGGGAAAUUUUGGAAAAUCCUAAAGCUAUUCCACCACAACUAUGCAAAGGAGAUGUAUACUUAGGGGACUAUGAAGCAUUUUAUGAUGCAGUCGAAAAUAGCGAAUUAAAUACUUUCCUAAGACUUUGA